ACCCCUUCUAACACAGCUCUUUUAUCACAUCUAACACUGCUUUGCUUUCGUCUCUCCCCGCUCCAUCUCCCUCGUUUCCACAGCUUUCAUACCAAGUUUUCCUUUGUUUUAGGUAAUGGCUGCUGUCGAGGUGGAAACAGUCCCCGCAGAACAGGAAGCUCCUGCCCAUGACGUAGAGGAGGUGGUGGUCAAGGAAGAGACCCCAGCUGCCGUUGCUGAUGAAGCCAAAGUAGAAGUGGAAGCAGCCCAACCCGCCAUCGAAGUGGUGGAAUCCGAGGAGAAACCUGCAGAAGAGGAGAAAGCAGAAGAAGUCGUAGUUGCCGAGGAGGUCACAGAGGAAACCAAGCCAGACACAGAACUGGCAGCACCUGAUGCAACUCCAGAAGAAACCACAGCUCCAGCUACUGAGGAGACAGUGGAGUCUCCUGAAGCUGAAGCCGCCGUCGAAGAAGAAGAGGCGGCGCCUACUGCAGUUGAGGAAACCAAGGUCGAAGUGGAGACCCCCGCUGCUUCCGUGUAAAUCACGUAUCCUCGGAGUUGAGCUUGAGUGUGGAGUCAACGGUCAAAGUAAGCAGCAACAGAGACUGAGAGAUGGCAUAUAUAUAUAUAUAUAGACAAUAUGUGGCAGUGUGUACUUACAUUUUGAUGGGUGUGGAUUAAGUGCUAUGCUUGACUGUUAUGAUUGUGGCAUUAUGUUUGGUGUUAAUGAACGAGCAAGACUAGUGGAUUAAGAAGUUAAUUA